CGUAUCUCCCAACCACGGAGCGGCAGCGCACGGACGAGUUGGAUUGAUUCACUGCAAAAUGGAAGCCGCGUCCUUGCCGCUCGCCGCGCCCCGCUCCCUCUCCCCGCCAGCGACUGCGCCGUCCUGCUCGCGGCCGAAGAACCUCCCCUUCGUUCGCGCAGCCCCGCAGACGCUGGAAGCACGUGCCGCACCCAAAACCCAGCGGCCGUCCCCCCGGCGCAACGCCGUCGCCGAUGUCAAGGCUGCCGCCGACCCUGUCGCUGCGCUCACCAGGCUGGAAGAUGUUCUGCAGACACAGGACUGCAACAUAAUCUUGCGCCACUAUGGGGACAUCAGGAAAUGGGAUGCCCUUUCUAAGGUCUUUCGGUGGAUGCAGGAGCAUGAAAUGCUCAAUGUUGCGUCCUACAGCAGCUAUUUCAAGUACCUGGGGUUGAGCCGUAACGCUGCAAGAGCGCUGCAAGUGUAUGGUUCUAUCCAGGACCAGUCAAUCAGAGUUCAUGUCUCUGUUUGUAAUUCGGUUCUAGGGUGCUUGGUGAAGAAUGGGAGGUAUGACAGCACCUUCAAGCUCUAUGAUGAGAUGAUACGAGGAGGUCUAUCACCUGAUCUGUUCACCUACAGUACUCUUCUGUCAGGGUGCAUUAAGUUGAAGCAGGGCUAUGCUAAGGCAAUGGAGUUGAUCAAUGAGCUGAACUACCGCGGUCUUCAGAUGGAUAGUGUAAUAUACGGUACUCUCUUGGCGAUAUGUGCAUCUCAUAACUACUGCGAGGAGGCUGAGGUAUACUUCCAGAAAUUGAAGGAUGAGGGCCAUAACCCUAAUCUGUUCCACUACAGCUCCCUGUUGAAUGCAUAUUCGGAAAAUUCUAAUUAUGAAAAAGCUGAGCUGCUGAUGAAAGAUUUGAGGUCUUCCAAGUUAAUACCAAACAAGGUAAUACUGACUACUUUAUUGAAGGUAUACUCUAAAGGUGGUCUUUUUGAGAAGGCUAAGGAGCUACUCACUGAAUUGGAAGCCUCAGGGUUUGCUCAGGAUGAGAUGCCAUAUUGCAUAUUGAUUGAUGCCCUUGCCAAAGGAGGAAAGAUAUGGGAAGCAACAAUGCUGUUUAAUGAAAUGAAAGAAAAAGGAGUUAAAUCUGAUGGCUAUGCAUUUAGUAUUAUGAUUUCAGCACUACAUCGAGCUGGUUAUCGUGAAGAAGCAAAACAACUUGCAAAAGAAUUUGAGGACCAGAAUACAACAUAUGACCUUGUUAUACUUAAUACAUCACUUCGUGCUUACUGCAACACAAAUGAUACAGAAAGUGUAAUGCGAAUGCUCAAGAAAAUGGAUGAAUUGAACAUAUCACCUGAUCAUAUUACAUUCAAUACCUUAAUAAGGUACUUCUGCAAGGGAAAGGUCUAUCACCUAGUAUACAAGACAAUUGAAGAUAUGCAUACAAAGGGUCAUCAAUUGAAUGAGGAGCUUUGCUCUGAGGUGAUGUUACAGUUAGGAGAAGCAGGUUUUCCUUCUGAAGCAUUAUCUGUAUAUAAUAUGAUGAGAUACAGUAAAAGAACAGUUUGUAAAUCUCUUCAUGAGAAGGUCUUAAGCAUCUUAGUUCCAGCAGGACUUCUCAAGGAUGCAUAUAUAGUCAUUAAGGACAAUGCUGAGCUGAUAUCUCCACGUUCCUUGGAGAAAUUUGCUAUACAGUUCAUGACAUCGGGAAACAUAAAUUUGAUUAAUGAUGUUAUGAAGGCACUGAACCAUUCAGGAUGGCGUAUAAGCCAGGAUACCUUUGGGAGAGCAAUUCAGCGGUACAUCCAAAAACCUGAUAAGAAGCAGCUAUUGUUAUCCCUCUUAGACUGGAUGACUGGUCAAGGCUAUUCCGUAGACUCAUCAUCAAGGAACUUGCUUUUGAAAAAUGCACAGCUCUUUGGCGAAAAACAACUGAUAGCAGAAAUCCUUUCUAAGCAGCAAGCAGCAUCAAGGGCCUCAGGCCAAAGAACAAAAAGAAUCAGUGAUUGAGGCACGAUUCAAUACUAUCUGAAUAGUUCAGUUCCACCAAAGAAUGUUCAGAGUAGUCAUGGUUGUUUGAUGAUCAACAAAUACCAUGCUCACAAGGGUCUGUCAGAUACAUGUUAUCACCUGUAUGUUCCCAGGGCACAAUCAAGGCUUGCCAGGAUUUCAGAUUAUGGUUGCUCAAUUCACUGAGAUAUACACUUCAUCCAUUAGAGCUGCAACUGGGUCUGGGAGUGAAGAUAGAAGCCAAGGAUUGCAGUGAUGAGAAUAUUGGAUUCUGGGUUGUCUAAGAGGCAUACAAGAAAAACAAGAGGAUAACCAGUAAAUCUGCCCUUUUUUGUUCCAACAAGUCGGUUUACUUUGAUGAGGAUUCAGAAUAGACUGGUGAAAAGGAACUGUUCCUUGCCAAAAACACAGGAUAUUACCUUGGAAUUGCUCUCGCAGUGUCAACGGAAAGCAAGUUUGGAACAUUAUUUGAACCACUUCUAGAGGAUCAAUUGUCAUACCCUUGCUAUCGUUGGAUUUUUCAUGUAAAAUUAUCGUCUCCUAAUGCUGUUUCUUGUGUGGCCUCAGUAUAUUCCUUUUAACUUUUGAGAGGGUGGUCUCAGUAGAUUCUAGUGGUAUUGAGACUAGUUCUCGUUGGAGAGGUUCAAACUUCUUUGUCACUUUAUGGGGGAUGCGCAUCUGUUUUGGCAAACUUAAUUCUGGCCAAUGGAUACUUUAGAUGUCAUUUUUGAAGAUACGUCCAUGGCACGGACUGAUAACAGCACCAUGUAUAUAAAGUAAUAACCAGAAUUUCUUCAACUAUAAAGAUUGAGACAGAAUGAAUUCUCUA